AAUUGGGACCAUUGAGUUGACCUGCAGAUCUUAGCCGGCUGCAUGGCCAGAAUGCUUCCCCGCACGAUGAGCUGCAUACUUAAACUCCCAUCGCCACCUCUUUCUCCAGUCCCACGAUUUCAUGAGAUCAAACAACAUGUGGCAGCUCCUGAUUUCGUUCCUGUUAUUGUCGCGGGCUGCGGCCCUCGUCCGACCCGAUGACGUGGGCCGAGUGCCAGCUCUCGGCUGGAACUCGUGGAAUGCCUACAAUUGCGAAAUUGAUGCGGACAAGAUUCUCACCGCCGCCAAUGAGGUUGUCAAUCUAGGACUGAAAAGUCUCGGAUAUGAAUACAUCAACAUUGACGACUGCUGGUCCGUUAAAUCUGGUCGCGAUCCCACAACCAAACGCAUCAUCCCUGACCCGGACAAAUUCCCCAACGGCAUCUCCGGUGUCGCAGACCAAGUGCAUGCCCUUGGCCUGAAGCUAGGCAUCUACAGCAGCGCCGGUCUAACCACCUGCGCCGGCUAUCCCGCAAGUCUAGGCUACGAAGAGAUCGAUGCUCAAUCGUUUGCCGAAUGGGGCGUAGACUGUAUGCCCCAACCCUCAAACCACCACUCACCCACCACUAACCAUCCAUCAGACCUCAAAUACGACAACUGCGGCGUCCCCACCAACCUAACGGACCAAUACACCUACUGCGUCCCCGACAGCACCGACGGGUCAUCCUUCCCCAACGGCACCUGCGACGACCUGACCAACGCCGCCCCCGACAACUACAACUGGGCCACCUCCACCACCGCAAAACGAUACAUGCGUAUGCGCAAUGCCCUCCUCAACGUCAACCGCACCAUCCUCUACUCCCUCUGCGACUGGGGCCAAGCCGACGUGAAUGAUUGGGGAAAUGCAACCGGAAAUUCCUGGCGCAUGUCGGGCGAUAUCACACCAAGCUGGACCCGCAUCGCCGAAAUCGCCAACGAAAACUCCUUCCUCAUGAACUACGCCGAUUUCUGGGGCUACCCGGACCCAGACAUGCUCGAAGUCGGAAACGGGAAUCUGACACUCGCUGAGAACCGAGCCCAUUUUGCUCUUUGGGCCGUGAUGAAGUCGCCGUUGAUUAUUGGGACGCCGGUAUUACCCCCUCCCAGUAACCCCACCCCCUCCUCAAACCAACCUAACAAAAUGCAGCUCUCCUCAAUCGACAAAUCCCACCUAACCAUCCUCUCCAACGCCCCAUUACUCACCUUCCACCAAGAUCCCCAAAUCGGCCGUCCCGCCUACCCCUACAAAUGGGGCUACAAUGCCGACUGGACCUUCGACCCGUCCCACCCAGCAGAAUACUGGUCCGGACCGUCGAGUUCAACUGCCCUGAACGGGACACUAGUGUUGAUGUUGAAUUCGCAGGAUACGGUGCAGACGCGGACGGCGUAUUGGAAGGAGGUGCCGGAGUUGAAGGGUGGGUAUCGGCGGGGAGGAGGGUACAGGGUUACGGAUGCUUGGACGGGGAAUGAUUUGGGGUGUGUGAGGGAUAAGUAUAGUACGAGGUUGGGGCACAUGAUGUAGGGGUUUUGGUUGUGGGGGAGGCUUGUUAGGGACUAUGUAUGUAGUACUUUUUUGUAGGGAGGAGGAGUGGGGAUUAGGAAUAGGGUUACGAUGGGAUUAGUGAAUGGAAUGGAAUGGGAUGGUAUGGAAUGGAAGAAUUGAAGAUAAACGUAUGUGGAAUAUAAAUACUAGGAAAAGUCAGGUCAUUAUCAUUACUGCCCAUCAUGCCCAAUUUGAAGUGAAAGAGGAAAGAAAGGAUAAGAUCGGAUCAUCUCCAUAAAUCCUGUCGACUAUCUCGUCUCCAUCCCCCACUACUCUUCGGUCGUCCAUCAUCUACCGGCACGGCCAGGAACCCGCCAAACCCGUUGCCCACGAGCACGCUCUUGCGCGCGUCGCCGCCCC